AUCGCAAGCAUAUUGAGUGCACAUGAAGAGGCCGAAUUUCGACUGCGUCGCCAACGCUCGUCUUCUCUUCUACAGAACAUCGUCUUGACAGCCACUGAUGAUGUGUUGAUGAAAGCUGUUAUUGAUCAAGACGCCACAUCAGUAAAAGAUAUUCUCACACAGAAGGCGGCAGAUUUGGCAUUUGAUUUUGAAUGGUUGGGUGAGCUGAUUGAACUGGGGUAUAAUGUUGAGGAGAUCACAAGGGUGUUGAUGGAUGAGGAAAGAGAGGCACCUUGGCUUCUGGUCUCGGGAGGGAACUUUGGAAAGAGGACUUUGAAAUUGUCGAAACGAUUGGAAGGUGAAACAAAAUCAAACGGCGAUCAUGAGAGAUGAUAUCACGGUAAUCAAGCGAAACAAAUCAUCAACGUUGCAGCUUUCUUUGUAGAUCACAAUUGAGCAUACUUCGACUCUCAUGCAGAAAUCCUUAUCGAUAAGAAGGAUCGCAUGGGCAAUGACCAUCUUCGCAACGUUCCUUCAUCAACGUACAACAAUCGCGCCAGAUCAGAGCUCUCUUAUUCUCUCAUGGACCUUUUGACCUUGUCAGGCCAAAAAAGCGGCAACCCAAACGGUGUUGCGCUCCAGUGCGAACAAUGCGCAAAACGCAAGAUUCGAUGCGACAAACAGCAGCCUUGUUCCGCCUGCGUUAAAUCUGGCAAGACAUGCAGCCCCGUCGUUCGUGCUCGCCUAGCUCGGGGACGCAAAGGCGGAAGACCUGAGGGAAGUCUAGAUCUACGUCAUAGGAUUAAGAGACUUGAACAGCUUGUACUUUCGGCUCGUGAUUUGGGCGGAGUUGGAGAUCCGCCGGUCGGGGAGUCGUCGCAUGGAGUAUCAGGCAUGGAAGAUACUGUGGUUCUACAGCAUGGUGGUCUCAACAGUGCCGAACACCCGAUAGGAGUUGAGGAUCUGUCUCAGUGUCCGAGAUUUCGGAAGGAUGUUAGGCGUACCAUGGGCGCGUCGGUAUGGACACAGUUGAGCAGUGAGCUCGAUGGUCUGCGGUCUGCAAUUGAAGCACAAGAUGAUCUUGAUGAUCUCGCACCCCAAUCAGUUGAACAAACAGCCUUCGACAAUCUGUCUCGCAACACAAGCUACUUGAAUUCGAACGCCGGGAUGCUCAACUUGUCAAAGGAACAGAUGCGCAAGCUGCUGGACGUCUACACCUACCGUGUGGAUCCAGUGCUGAAACUUAUUCAUCUGCCUACAUUCAAGUCCGCGCUGGAAAACGGUACCCACUAUCUGGGCAAGUCUGAUGACAAUGACUCUUGCGGAGCUUUACGAUCUGCAGUCGUCUAUGCAGCAAUCUGCUCUUUAUCCGACUCAGACUGUUUGGAAUUCUUCGGGCAAGACAAGUCUUUGCUUUCUGGGCUCUGGCAAGAGACUACUGCACAUCACAUUCGUCAAGUCGACAUCCACAAGAACCACAACAUUGUCGCUUUACAAGCUCUCAUCAUUUACGUGGCGGCCAUCCGAACGCAGGAUCACAGCGCAAAAACAUGGACACUGAUAUCACUUGCCGUGCGUAUCGCACAGUCGCUAAAGCUACAUCGUGAAGAGUCGUUUCAUAGCCUCACAGUCUUCCAAGCUCAAGUAGCCAGACAAACAUGGCAAACCUUGUUGACUCUGGAUCUACGAGCAGCGUUUGAUCGCUGCAGCGAUCCGGUCAUCGCGUCUGAUAGCUACGAUACUCAAUGUCCUCUUGAUCUACUCGACGCUGAUUUCGAUGGCACGAGUAUCAGCGAACCAUUGAUAACGCAGCGCGAGACGGUGACUGCGGGGCCUGUGACCUUUUUGAGACUCGUCGCGGAGACUCAGCUGCUGCUUCGCGAAUUGUGUUUUGUCACAGCAGGUGAAGCUAAGGGACCGAUGACACCUAUGCAGAGCUCGUUGCAUGUUCGCGAUCAAGCCGUGGCAUCACUAGAGCGCCAUCUCACUCAACAGUAUUUCAGCUCUCUGGAUCCCUUCGUGCCGCUCCAGAAUGCUAUACUACACUUCGGCAAGAGCAUCCUGUCAUACAUGAAGCUAUAUGUUAUACGUCCGCUACAACGCCAUCCAUCAUGUAUCACACCAGUCUCGGGAGAAGGCAAUGUACUAUCACGCGCCGUGCAAGCUCUCGAACAAAGCCUACUGCUACAAUCCGAGCUUUUCAAACCAUGGCAUUGGUACUUCAGGGGCUUUGCAGGAUGGCAUCCACUGGCUGUGCUAUUGGCAGAGCUUAGUGCACGUCAAGGAGAUCAGAUGCUGGUCGAUCGAGCCUGGAAAGUGGCUGAGUCUGCCUAUGCAAUCGAAGCCACCAAAGUCGCUGAUGGGACUUCAGGACCGUUGUGGAAGCCUCUUGUCAAGUUGAUGGCUAUGGCUCGACAACGAAGGGACUUUGACUCACAGAUACGUGACAGACACAACGGACAGGUUGAGUCUUCCCUACAGACGCAAUCACCGCUGCUUAGUCGAUCUCAGGCAUCUGGUAUCUCUUCUUCUUUUGAGCCUGGGCACAGCGAACCGGAAGACGCGUCAUUGAAUUGGCGGUUCAAUAACUCAUUGCCGUAUACCGCAGGACCGGAGAGCUUCGACACAUGGCUAAACGAUCUUGAGACGCUACCUCAGGACUUCGAACUCGGGCUGGAGACUGGAAAUACGCCAUGGAUGAAUUGGCAAGGCUUUGUUGAUGAUGUCACUCAGUAUAGCUUCGAGGGUUGGGAGAGUGGCGUGCCCGACUUCCUCUUCGAAAAAUGACAAACCAGCAUACCUGAAUCCUAGCCCAACACAAUGGACAUGGGCAGGAAUCUAUGAGAUUUUUGCUUCGCUUUCGACCAGAGACAUCUUGUGUGCAAAGCAGAAAAAUCUUGGAUCCUAGAAACAGUCCAGGACAACACGACGACACCAAACGGAAGCAUAUCUUGACCUUCCCACCACGCCUAUGGGCCACAAAAUCCCCUCCAUCUGGAUUGUUAUUGUCUUGAGAGAAUCGAAAAAGACCAAAUGGAAGAAUCGAAUGAGAUGGUAGAUAGGCUGUCUGGAGGUAGCACUGCAGACUAAACUUAUUGCUCAAUUACCAGCCAAAUCAGCGAAGCACCCCUCCGGACAGACAUCCC